AAACGUGUUCUCAAAACAUGGCGGAGUGGCACCUCGUCAUCGUUUACCUACCCAUUGUGCAAAACCCCGCGAGAGUUUUUGAGCAGCUUUCCGAAAUCUCGCUGUUCCCCGAGAAUACGCAAAGAAUCAUCAGAGAGGCAGAAAUAAGCUUAUAUUCAUAUUUAUUCAUCAAAGAUCUGGAUUAAACCGGCUCCCUCUGGUUGAAGCAGAGACGAGAUGUCCGACAGCGAGGACAGCGACUUCUCCGACAACCAGAGCGAGCGCAGCAGCGAUGGAGAGGCCGAGGAAGUGGAGGAGAAUGAGGAGGAGACGGGCAGCCCAGUGGGCAGUGACAAGGUAGCGGAUGAGGAGGGGGAGGACCUGGAGGAUGAGGAGGAGUACGACGAGGAAGAGGAGGAGGAUGACGACGACGAUCGUCCGAGGAAGAAGCCGAGACACGGAGGGUUCAUCCUGGAUGAAGCUGAUGUGGACGACGAGUACGAGGACGAGGAUCAGUGGGAGGACGGCGCGGAGGAUAUUUUGGAGAAAGUUAACGAGGAGGCUGAAGUGUCAAACAUCGACCACGUGGUUCUGGAUGAGGAUCACUCUGGAUCCCGGCGGCUGCAGAACCUCUGGAGAGACUCCAGGGAGGAGGCGCUGGGCGAAUACUACAUGAGGAAGUACGCCAAGUCGUCCGGCGGCGAGCAUUACUCUGGAGGGGUGGACUACGUGGAGCCGAGCCAGAACACCAUCUCCCUGAAGAUGAUCCCUCGGAUAGACCUGGACCGCAUCAAGGCCAAGAUGAGCCUGAAAGACUGGUUUGCCAAGAGGAAGAAGUUCAAGAGGCCUCCACAGAGGCUGUUUGAUGCUGAGAAGAUCAGGUCUCUGGGAGGAGAGGUCAGCCACGACGGAGACUUCAUGAUCUUUGAGGGAAACCGUUACAGCCGCAAAGGAUUCCUCUUCAAGAGCUUCGCCAUGUCCGCUGUGAUCACAGACGGAGUGAAGCCCACGCUGUCAGAGCUGGAGAAGUUUGAAGACCAGCCUGAAGGAAUCGACCUGGAGGUGGUCACAGAGUCGGGUAAGGAGCGUGAGCACAACCUGCAGGCCGGCGACAACGUGGAGGUGUGUGAGGGCGAGCUGAUCAACCUGCAGGGAAAGAUCCUCAGCGUGGACGGCAACAAGAUCACCAUCAUGCCCAAGCACGAGGACCUGAAGGACCCUCUGGAGUUCCCGGCUCACGAGGUGAGGAAAUAUUUCCGGAUGGGCGACCACGUGAAGGUGAUCGCCGGGCGAUACGAGGGCGACACCGGCCUCAUCGUCAGAGUGGAGGAGAACUUUGUCAUCCUGUUCUCCGACCUCACCAUGCACGAGCUGAAGGUGCUGCCCAGAGACCUGCAGCUCUGCUCUGAGACCGCGUCCGGCGUCGAUGUAGGCGGGCAGCACGAAUGGGGCGAGCUGGUGCAGCUGGACCCGCAGACGGUCGGCGUUAUUGUUCGGCUGGAGAGGGAGACAUUCCAGGUGCUGAACAUGCACGGGAAGGUGCUGACCGUGCGCCACCAGGCGGUGAACCGCAGGAAGGACAACCGCUUCGCCGUGGCGCUGGACUCGGAGCAGAACAGCAUCCACGUGAAGGACAUCGUCAAAGUCAUCGACGGGCCGCACUCUGGCCGGGAAGGCGAGAUCCGUCACCUGUUCCGAGGCUUCGCUUUCCUGCACUGUAAGAAGCUGGUCGAGAACGGAGGAAUGUUCGUCUGCAAGACCAGACACCUGGUGCUGGCGGGCGGGUCCAAGCCCAGAGACGUGACCAACUUCACAGUGGGAGGAUUCGCACCGAUGAGCCCUCGCAUCAGCAGCCCCGUGCACCACGGCGGAGGAGGUGCUCAGCAGAGAGGAGGAGGCGGAGGAGGAAUGGGGCGGGGCCGAGGACGCAGAGACAACGAGCUGAUUGGUCAGACGGUCCGUAUCUCCCAGGGUCCUUACAAAGGAUACAUCGGUGUGGUGAAGGAUGCAACAGAGUCCACGGCCAGGGUGGAGCUGCACUCCACCUGUCAGACCAUCUCUGUGGACCGACAGCGAUUAACCACCGUCGGUGGAGCUAAGAGGCCCAGUGGGUUCACCUCCACCCAUGUACGUACUCCCAUCUACGGCUCCCAGACUCCCAUGUACGGCGUCGGCUCCAGGACGCCGAUGUAUGGAUCUCAGACUCCGCUGCACGACGGAAGCCGUACGCCCCACUACGGAUCUCAGACCCCACUGCAUGAUGGGAGCAGGACUCCAGGUCAGAGCGGAGCUUGGGAUCCCAGCAACCCCAACACGCCGUCCAGGAAUGAGGAAGACUACGACUUCGGCUACGAUGACGAACCCUCUCCGUCCCCUCAGGCCUACGGGACGACCCCCAACCCUCAGACCCCGGGUUACCCCGAGGUCCCCUCGCCACAGGUCAACCCUCAGUACAACCCUCAGACACCUGGCACGCCCGCGAUGUAUAACACAGAGCAGUAUUCUCCAUAUGCGGCCCCGUCCCCUCAGGGCUCCUACCAGCCCAGCCCCAGCCCUCAGAGCUACCACCAGGUGGCGCCCUCACCUGUCGGCUACCAGAAUACGCACUCACCAGCCAGCUACCACCCUACGCCGUCCCCCAUGGCUUACCAGGGAGGGAUGUGCUCGGUGUUCAUGCAGGAAUCUGAGAAGGUGGUGAGCGUCAGCAGCGAUCACCUGGAGCCGGUCACGCCCACCAAAAACAACAAGGUGAAGGUGAUUCUCGGAGAGGACCGCGAGGCCACGGGGAUCCUUCUGAGCAUCGACGGAGACGACGGCAUCGUGCGCAUGGAGCUGGACGACCAGCUCAAGAUCCUGAACCUGCGGUUCCUGGGCCGCCUCGAGCACUGAGCCUCGCAGAGCUCCCACACAAACAUCUGGUUUUUAUUACCUAAAGAUCCAAAAACCACAUCUGGCUCUGUGUGCGGUUCAGCAGAUCUCUCUGUUUUUGGCAUUUUUAUUUCCUUCUUUUCUUAUUAGUGGUCUGAAUCUGCUUUUAGUGCUUUUCCUUCAUGUUCUGUCUGUGACUUUGGUUUUCUUGAUGCAGCAGGAUGAAAAUAAUGUGUAACAUGUUAAUAAACUGAUUCAGUG